AUGUUUUUAAGUAUUUCUGAAAUACUUAAAAAGUUUGGUGCUGAUUAUUUCGUAAUAGUUCGUCGUCAGAGUAACAUGGCUAAUCGUCCAACUCUAGCACAAAUUGAAGCUUUAGUUGAAUUUUUAGAACAAAACGUUGGAAUUGCGAAAGGUUUACUACGGACAAAUCAAGCAAAAAUGGAAGUAAAGAGGCAAUGGGCAUCUGUAGCUACAACUUUAAAUUCAUUGGGGGGAGCAAAUAAAGAUGGCCAAGGUUGGGCUAAAUAUUGGGCAGAGAAGAAAUGUGCCUUGAAAAAAUUGUGUGCUCAGCAUAGUAAAUCCAUGAGACGCACUGGUGGUGGCUCUCCUUACGACCUGCCCAUGUUAUCGGCGUUGGACAAGAGAUUGGUGGCAGUUAUGGGUGGUCAAGAGUUUGCUUUUGGAGACUGUCAACUUGCAGUAGAUCCUUUUCACCACUUGGAACAUCAAAUGAUACAAGCAAACCCUUUGACUUCUCCAGCAGAAAAAAUAAAUUUACAAUCAGAAAAUGAAGAAGUAGUGAUAGGAAUUUGUACUUCCCCUAUUCCUGGCACCUCCCAAGAUACACCACAAUCACCUCCGCAUAAAAAAUCAAAACUUAAAUCCAUGCCACGUGUCAAGCAAUGUCGUUCUGUCACAAGAAAUAACCAAGAUAUGGAACGACUGGUACAAAUCGAGGAGCAACGUGUCAGGGCGGAAAAUAUAAUUGCACAAGCAUUUGCAGAUGUUUCUGCUGCAUUAAUUCGUAACAUAGAAAUUCAGGAGCAACGUGUUAGGGCAGAAACUAUAACUGCACAAGCAUUUUCAAAUGUUUCUACAGCAUUAGAUCGUAAUGCUGUAGCUGUGGAAAAUAUAGCCCGAGCCUUAGAGGGUUUAUCUGCUGUCUUUAAUCAAAACAAAACACAACAACAUCAAGAAUAA